AUGGCGCCACAAUGUCCUGCCGAUCUGCGGGUUCUUUGCCGCAAACUCACCACCACGCCGCCUAAUCUGCUGUCUCCCCAGCUACCCGCUCUCACUCACAACGUUUUGCGCUGCAAGGAUGUUCUGUCUGCGCAGCAUGAUGUUAAAGCCAAAGAAGAUGCCUCCACAUCAGCUUUGGUGCAUAAACUGAAGAGAAGCAUCACGACACUGCUUGAAGGACGGAGCCGCGAAGGUCGCUUUGCGGCUACUGUUCUUAUCAAGGCCAUUGUCGAUGUCGGCGGUUGGGAAAUCCUCCGUACCGCCGGACCUUGGGUUAAUGGUCUGCUGUCUAUUGUUCAGAAAGGAGACCCAAUUGCCUCCAAAGAGCUUGCUGUCAUCGUCAUCACUCGCAUUUACAUCCUUGUCCAGCCUUACCAAACCCUCAUCCGAGAAAUCGCUACUCCUACCCUUUCAGCAUUUGGAUCUGCUUGUGUCCAGUUGCUCAAGGCACACAAUUCAACCCCCCCACACGUUUCCGAGACCAUUUGCGCGGCUCUGCUCACCUUGAUCCCACUCCAUCCCGCUACUCUCCGCCCGCUUAGCUCGCAAUUGCGCACCGCUGUCAGACCGUAUCUCGCGCCAACUUGUUCAGACGCCCUCUUCGUACCUGCUAGUCUGACCUGCGCCGCCAGAAGACUCGUCAUAUCCAUGCAUUUCGUUGCCGCCAAGUCUAGCGGCAGCGAUGAAUGGGGCAAGGUGGUCGAUACGAUUCUACGCGAUCUGCACCAGACGGCCGAUCAGGUUCUACGGGCCGUUGACGAGUCGUGGCAAGCUACUAGUGGCUACGACAGAACUCGAGUGUCAACUGACGGUGAGCCCCGAGGAGGGGACGAAUCUAGUCCCGAGCAGCUCCCCUCGUGGGUCGGGGUCACGGCUGGAGCCGAGCGAAUGGUUGGCCUGUUUUCGUACUUGGAAGAGACAUUACGUUGUUCCACGAAAUCCACCGUCAUUGUCCCUGUUGGUGCAUAUCUGGACGCUAUCUGCCGUGUAUGCGUUAUUGCUCGACUAUCACCAAAGACACAAACUUGGGACCAGGCACUGGACACGAAUGCUGGUGUUGGUCGAGAUGAGAAAGACGAGCUAUGGAGCACUAUCCCGAGUCUUCAUAUCGCUGCCAUGUCUCUGUUGCUCACCAUGAUCCAGCGACUCGAUCGCGACAUGAUCCCUCUUGUACCUGAAGCCGUCGACCACCUCGUCCGCGUGGUCAAAUCUGGCAUGAGCGUUGCACACAUUCGAACCAUUGGCUACCAGGUACUGGACCAACUUCUCCGCGUCGCGGGAUCUACGAUGCCCAAAACCACGGUUGACAUGAUUGACCCAAUUUUGGGAGCGUGCUGUCGCGAUCUCCAGCAGGACGCGGGUGUUCUGAAGCCUGCAGAGAAGCCCACACCAACAAGCAAAGAAACCAAGAAGAACGGCGGCAGCGUUGCCGUUUCCAACGUGGACCUCUUCCUGGGUAAGCCGGAGGCCAGUGCCCCUAAUACCAAUCUCAAGCUUGAGCCCGCCCACAAGGAUGCUGCCUCGAGGCUUCUGGCGUCUCUGCUAUCAUCCCUCACGCAAGCACAUCUCAAGCCGACCAUGCGUGGGCUCAUUGAUAAGACUGCCAUUGUCACAGCCAACCGUGAUGCCAUGCUUUCCAGUGUAUUGAACCCCUACAAGGAUCAGCGCGGUCGCCUGUAUCCCAGUAUCCUGCCCUAUCUCGUCCGACAAUACCCCGACGACCAGGGACUCGAGAUUCUGCGAAGCAACCUCCGCACAAGUAGCACCAACGGCUCGAGUGAUAUGUUUGCCAGUUUCCAAGAAGUUGCGGAGGAACAGGAGGAGGAGGAGGAAGAAGAAGAAGAAGAGGCAGAUGCAGACGAAGAAAUGGCAGAUGGUGACAUUGCUGGGGCUGAUGAAGCAUCCGCAGCGACCACCAACGGGGCGGAAUUGUCACAGCUGGGUUCGCUGGCGUCACUGCCGAAGAAGAGUGGCGCAGAUGCAUCCGUGGAAAAUCCCUUUGCCGCACGAAGCGGCGCAGCAGACAGUGGAUUCUCUGCCGUUGUUUCUUCUGAUUCCCCGGCGAAACGCAAGCACGAUGGCUCGGACGAGGCAGCGCCGCUGAAGCGCCUCGAAGUUGAAAAGCCUGCGGAGCUACCCAAGGCCAAGCGGGUAGCAGCCGUGGCUGCGAAGCCAGCAGAAGAUGUAGACGAUGACGAUGACGACAGCGAUGUUAGUGUGCAUCUAAACAUGGAGCUCGAGGACGACGACGAGGAUGAUGAAUAA